AUGUCCCAUACAGUUAUUAAACCUCGUUACAGUUUACAGAUACUUAGCGUCACAUUGGGCGUAGCCGUCAACACCCAGGCACCUUACUCAGCAGCGUCAGAAUCUCAAAGAAGAUUCGCCCUUGAGAACAGAUACGACGAUACAGGUCCAGGGGCAAAGGGCCCAGAAUACGCAUACAACACGUAUAAAACACUCGAAGAAGCUCUGGUCUCCUACAUCGACGACGCAGACACGAAACUACCAGAACAAGAACGGGCUAAAGUGGAACGAUUUGUUAAUACAGACUUCAGUCAACCAAUUCGGGAACUCCCCAAAACUGUAGAAGAAUACACUGGAUUGAAACAGCCCACCCGUCCUCAAUUACAGCCCUUGAGACGACCGAUACAGCCUCCACCAAUCAGACAGCAGCAAGAGCAAUUUUUACCCCAGCCAGUCCAAUAUCAGCCUAUUUUAUCACAACCCUCAUUCCAACCAUAUCCAGCUAAAUAUAGGCCAGAAAAACUCUUUUUGCAGGACCCAAACACAAAGUACUUAUUCCCUGACUUCCGUGGCUCAGACUUGAAACAGAGUGUACAAAGUGGUAUAUUAGAGCCAUAUAGGUUGCAAAGAGUUCCAGGUCCAGUGAAUCAGGCGUAUUAUACCCAGAAUGUUGAGUUAAAUGACCGGCCUUACGAUUCUCAUCCACAGUACACGUUCUCUUAUGGAGUGCAUGAUAAGAAGACGGGCGACUCAAAAUCAGCGCACGAGAGUCGGAAUGGCGGGUCAGUGAAGGGGUACUACACAUUUGUCGAUCCUGACGGCAAACAACGCACUGUGCACUACACAGCUGACGACAAAUUCGGUUUUAGGGCUACUGUUCAACGUACACAUAUGAAUAUACAAUAA